AUGGAGGCUCGUCUCUGCUGGCAGGCCAUUGCGCGCAGAAGGAUGCCCCGCUCUUCUACGACGGCGACGAUGACACAUCCGCCACCACGCCCGAGGAGCGCAACGCGCUCCGUCGGAUACGCGUCCGCGCUCGCUUUUGGGUCGAUUAUCACUCGCAAGCAUGGUCAGCUGCUGGAGUCACACCUCUCCUUCGUCCUCCUUGUCACUCUUGCCACAUACACCUUCCGCGACUUUGCUCCACUCUUUUUCCACUCGCGCAACUGGCCAGAGGACGCCCAGGAGGGCGUUCUACUGUGGAUCAAGCUCUCGCUUCUGUUUGUCGCGGCCGCCGCCAUUCCGUUUGUCACUCCUCACACAUACGUGCCUUUACAUCCUGAGGAACCGGUGGAGGUGCCGAGCCCCGAGCAGACUGCGUCGCUCCUGUCCCGCGCGCUCUUCAGCUGGAUAGACCCAACCAUUGCGAAGGCGUCCCGGGUGGAGCACCUUCCACUUGACGAGUUCCCUCCUCUUGCGGACAUCGAUGAGACCAAGAAUCUCACCAAGGAGGUCUUUCCGAAAAUUGAUCCCUUCGAGCUGGGCAAAGACGAACAUAUCUUCUGGGGUUUAAUGCGCGCGUUCAGUGAGUCAUUCCUCCCAUUGGCAUUCGGAGACGGGCAGCACUGUUGCUUCGCGGGUAUUCGAGCCCCGCUCGCCGUCAACGGUCUUUUAGCGGACAUCGAAGCCAAUGGCCCGCAGUCCGAGUUGAAAUCCUGGGCGUGGAUCGUGCUCAUGUUCGUUGGCCCUGUGUUUGUCACGCUCACCGAGGAACAGUACAUGUGGAUCAUCUACAGGAUAAACUUCUGCAUGCAGGCCCUCGUCACCGAGCUCCUCUUCCAGCACGCGCUACGCAUUCGUGUGAAAUCGGAGAGAAGCGGGGAUGGUCAAGGGCUUAACGACGAGAAGGACAAGAACAUGAUCGGGAAGAUCAACAAUUUGGUUACAAGCGACAUCGAGAACAUCAAAGAGGGGAACAAGUUCUGGAUGCAGCUCUUCAUCCGUGUCCCUGUUCUCAUCGGCGUCGCCAUCUUCUUCGUCUGGAGGGUGCUUGGUUGGAGCGCGCUUGUCGGGCUCGCGUCUAUCGUCAUCCUCCUCCCGAUACCCGGCUACCUAAGCAGCUGGAUUCAGACUUACCAGGCGGGCAUGAUGAGCCGUACAGAUGCUCGCGUCCAGCUCAUUAACGAGACGCUCAACGUGGUCCGCAUGAUAAAGCUGUUCGGGUGGGAGCACCGCGUGGAGAAGCAGAUUGAGGAGAAGAGGGACGCGGAGCUGUCCCACUUGACGAUGCAGAAGUACCUCGAGCUCAUCAACAAUCUCAUCAAUUUCUCCAUCCCGCUCGUUACCAUGGCCAUCACUUUUGGUACUUACACACUAGUCGCGAAGCAAGACCUCAACGCGGCAUCUAGCCUCACACCCUUGUCAGCCUUCCUGAUGAUCCAAAUGGAGCUUCAUAUCAUAUUCUACGCCGUUCCUGUGAGCACCCAAGCCAAGAUAUCUCUGGACCGCAUCAACGACUUCCUCCACGAUACGGAACUCCUGGAUGACUUUGAGCCCAGACGUCCAGCAUCUGCCACCGCGGCGUUCGCUCGUCCGUCGCGCAACGACUCGGUUCUCGGCCUUGCCCACACGACCUUCACCUGGUCCGCCGCUUCCGCGACGCCUUUUGCGGCUCCUGACGCCAGCGCACUAACUGGGCGCCACUUCGCUCUCCGGAUCAACGAACCUCUAGUCUUUCCUCGCGGGAAGAUCUCCCUUGUCGUUGGCCCUACCGGUUCCGGGAAGACCUCGCUCCUCAUGGCCCUACUCGGCGAGAUGCACGCUACCCCCGAAGGGCCCGAGGCGUUCGUCGGGCUCCCUCGCGCCGGUGGCGUUGCCUAUGCCGCUCAAGAAAGCUGGGUGCAAAACGAGACCAUCCGAGACAACAUCCUUUUCGGGGCGCCGUUUGACGAUGAGCGCUACAACGAGGUCAUCCGACAAUGCGCGCUCGACCGCGAUCUGAGCCUGUUCGACGCCGGUGACAUGACCGAGGUCGGCGAGAAGGGCAUCACCCUCAGCGGCGGCCAGAAAGCCCGGGUCACGCUCGCGCGCGCGGUGUACUCGGCCGCGGAGACCUUGCUCCUCGACGACGUCCUCGCCGCGCUGGACGUGCACACCGGCCGCUGGAUCGUCGAGAAGUGCUUCAAGGGCGACCUGGUUCGCGGGCGCACCGUCGUCUUCGUCAGCCACAACGUUGCUCUUACGCGCCCAAUUGCGGACUUCGUCGUGGCCGUCGGGAACGAUGGACGGAUCGCCAGCCAGGGCUCGCUCGACAAGGUACUGCAGGAGGACGCGGAGCUCAAGGACGAAGUCGAGGUGCUCGCCAGGGCUGAUCAAGAGAUUGACGUCCCUGAGGCUAGUGGAGAAGCCGCCGCCGACCUCUCGAAGAAGGACGGCAAACUCGUUGUCGCCGAGGAAAUCGGUACCGGACGUGUGGGAUGGGGUGCUUUGCAACUUUACAUGCGGAACGUAGCAGCUGUCCCUUGGAUCUACUGGGUCUUCUACAUUGCACUUCUCUUUCUCACUCACGCCUCCAUCAACAGUCAAUCAUACUUCUUGGGAUAUUGGGCUGCUCAGUACGAGACCCAUGAUCGUUCAGAGAUUUCAGUGUGGUUCUACCUGGCUGGUUACCUUGGCCUCGUCGCCGCCGCUCUGAUCGUCUACGGUAUCUGUUGGUCGAUUCACGUCUACGGUCGCAUCCGUGCUUCGAGGAUCAUCCAUCGCGAUCUCGUAGUUUCGGUCCUCGGAACUACUUUGCGAUGGCUCGACACGACACCAAUCUCCCGCAUCAUCACGCGCUGCACUUCCGACAUACAAGGCGUCGAUGGGUCCAUCCCUCAGAUGCUCCACUCGCUCCUCGAGGGCUCAGUCUACCUUACGCUCCGCAUCGUCUCGAUCGCGAUCGUCUUGCCUAUCUUCAUCAUUCCCGCUGCGAUCGUGCUACUCCUCGGGUGGUGGAUCUCGUCCAUCUACAUGCGCGCGCAGCUGUCUGUCAAGCGCGAGAUGAGCAACGCCCAGGCGCCUGUCCUCGGCCACUUUGGCGGUGCGAUUUCUGGAUUAGUAUCUAUCCGUGCGUAUGGUGCCCAAGAGGCGUUCAAGCAGGAGUCGUACAAGCGCAUGGACCGUUUCACCCGCGCCGGACUCACCUACGCUGCACUCAACCGCUGGGUGACGGUGCGCGUCGACAUCAUGGGUGUUAUGCUCACCACCGUGCUGGCCGUGUACCUCACGUACUCGGCAAACAUCAGCGCAUCCAAUGCCGGUUUUGCGCUUGCUAUGGCUGUUGGAUUCAGCAGCUACAUUCUGUCCUGGUUGCGGGUCUUUAACGACUUUCAAGUCACCGGUACGUCCUUGGAGCGCAUUCACCAGUAUAUGGUCAUUGAGCAGGAGCCGAAGCCCACGCCGGAAGGUGUCCCUCCCGCGUACUGGCCUGCCAGUGGAGGCCUCCGAGUGGAGAAGCUGUCUGCGCGCUACUCUCGCGAAGGCCCCCGUGUCCUGCACGAGCUCUCCUUCGAGGUCAAGUCGGGUGAACGCAUCGGUAUCGUCGGCCGGACCGGCAGUGGCAAGAGCUCUCUCACCCUGUCGCUCCUUCGGUGCAUCGUGACCGAGGGUAAGGUAUUCUACGACGGCUUACCCACGGACGGCCUCAACCUUGACGCGCUCAGGUCCAAUGUCACCAUCAUCCCCCAGGUCCCCGAGCUCCUCAGUGGAACGUUGCGCCAGAACCUCGACCCUUUGGGUCAGCACGACGACAUGACGCUGAACGACGCGCUGCGCUCCGCCGGUCUCUCCGCCCUUCAGGAGCGCACCGGUUCUGGGGAUGAGAGCCGCGCCAAGCUUACGCUGGACUCCGAGAUCGCAGGUGGCGGAGGCAACCUUUCCGUUGGCCAACGGCAGAUCAUCGCACUCGCGCGGGCUAUGGUACGCAACAGCAAGCUGCUCAUUUUGGACGAAGACUACGACACCGACGCGAUCAUCCAGAAGUCUCUCCGCGAGGAGCUCGGAAAAGACGUGACAGUGCUGACGGUUGCCCAUCGCCUCCAGAGCAUCAUGGACGCGGACAAGAUCAUGGUUCUCGAAGCGGGAAGACUCGUCGAGUACGCUCCGCCCAGCGAGCUUCUCAAGAAGACUGGCGGAUACUUCCGUCAGCUUGUGGACGGCAGCGACGACCGCGCGACUCUCUAUGCCAUGGCCGGACUGCCUUCUUGA